UUUAGAUUAGUUUGAUCUCCCGCAUAACGAAUAUAAAACUUUAAUCGAUAUUUCUGUAUAACCUCUUCGUUAUUCGAUGAAAGGCGUAUCAUCAACAAAAACUUUACUACUAUUAGUGCUUUUAAAAUAAACAGAAAGUGACACGCAAGCAAAGUCACUUUAGUUUUAACGCUUUUCAACACAAUGACAUUUGAUCAAAUUUAAUUUCUUGUCAUAAAAAAGUAUAUUUUUAUUAAUCAGUAAACAAGAGGUUAGAUUUAUGCCGAUCUUACGAUGGCAGUUGAAUUUGUAGUAAAUCGAUUUAAAGCCCUUAUUGUGAUUCUUUUGGGAGUAUUUAAAAGAGCAAUGUGCUGUCUUCGUCGUCGACGAAGAUCGUCUUGUGAUUCUAUUCCCCUGUCUGUUGUCGACGUAGUUCCAAAUACUACAAAUAAUCCAACAGAAUCAGAGCAGUGGGAUCAGUGGGAGGAAAAUCCUAUUGUAGUCGUACCAAAUAAGCCAGUUAACCCAAUACAAGCUAAGAUUGACCAAUACCGACUGCAAGCAUCUAAACCACCAGAAGCAGAGGAAGAGCAGCAACAAAAUUUCUUUGAAGACAUGACACCAAAGAUUACUGCACAAACAAAAGUUCUAGUUAAAGAUAAACCAUCAGAUCAUGCAUCAUGGAAUUCUUCGAGGUUAGCAGUAGCUAAUGAGCCUAUACUAUCUAAUGAACUUGAAGAAUGGGAAGACAAUGCUGUUGGCUGGGAAGAAGAAACAGUCAAAGAAUUUGGAGAUCCUACAAAAGCUUUAAGAGAACAAAAACGGAAAGAAAGAGAACAACGGCUGUUUGAACAGCAACAAAAAAGAACUGAACGCAACUUAAGACCACAACCAUUAGGAGCAAAACUAAACUCUCGAUGAGAAAGAAUGUAUUUGUAAAAAUUUAUACUUAAAAUCAUAUUUCAUCUAACAACGUUUAUAUAUAAAAACAUUUUUAAAGUCAAGUAACAUAAUGACUAAAUCGGGAGGAAAUCAAAUUUAUACUAUAAUUAAUUAUUGUACUUCUGUAAAAUUUGUUGAUUUGUAUUACGUGUUGACAAAGAAGUUAUGAGGCAUCUUGCUUAAAAAGUUGAAAAUUGUA